AUGUCGUCUUCUCAACUUGAAGCCGAGAACCAUGAGCGCGAUGCGGCAUUUAACAAGGUCCUGCACGGCAACACCAGUAAGGCCCAGGGUGGCCUUGCUGCUAUGAUGGGAAAGGAUAAGAAGGCCCAGCAGGCUGCUGUUGAUGAGUAUUUCAAGCAUUGGGACAAGAAGCCCUCUGCUGAUGAGACUGAAGAAACCAGAGAGGCACGAAGAGCUGAAUAUGCUACUCUCACCAGACAUUAUUACAACCUAGCCACCGAUUUUUACGAAUACGGGUGGGGAAGCUCAUUCCAUUUCUGCCGUUUCGCCUACGGCGAACCUUUCCGUCAAGCCAUUGCCCGACAUGAACACUAUCUAGCACACUCGAUCGGCCUAAAAGAGAACCAGCUUGUACUGGAUGUUGGCUGCGGUGUCGGUGGCCCUGCUAGAGAGAUCGCCAAAUUCGCCGGUGUCAAUAUCGUUGGUUUGAACAAUAACGAUUAUCAAAUUGAGCGUGCCACGCGUUACGCCGAGAAAGAAGGUCUCUCUAAGCAGUUGCGAUUUGUUAAGGGUGACUUUAUGCAAAUGUCCUUUGAACCAAAUACCUUUGAUGCCGUCUACGCUAUAGAAGCUACCGUUCACGCCCCUUCUCUAGAAGGUGUUUAUUCUCAGAUCUUCAAGGUUCUGAAGCCAGGUGGUGUGUUUGGCGUUUAUGAAUGGGUCAUGACUGAUCAGUACGACAACGACAACCCUGUUCACCGAGAGAUCCGCCUUGGAAUCGAACAGGGAGAUGGUAUCUCAAACAUGGUAAAGGAAUCCGUUGCCGUCGAGGCUAUGAAGGCCGCCGGUUUUGAGCUUCUUAAAGUGGAAGAUCUUGCCAACCGUCCCGACCCCAGCCCAUGGUACUACCCCCUUGCUGGCUCCUGGAAGCACAUGUCCUCAAUUGGAGAUCUUUUCACCAUCAUGAGAAUGACCUGGUGGGGUCGUUCCAUAGUCCACCGCGUCCUCGGCUCCAUGGAGAAGUUUGGUCUCUUCCCUCAAGGCUCUCAGAAGACUGGAGACAGCCUUGCAUACGCUGCUGAUUGUUUAGUCAAGGGCGGAGAGAUGAAACUCUUCACUCCUAUGUUCCUCAUGGUUGGCAAGAAGCCAGAGUAA